CCCGGUCCGGUGGAUGGCGGGAAAGGUGGGAACUCGAUGAACCUGGAACGAACCGUCCGCGGGCAGGGACAAGCAGUAGACGAGCUGCCUGUCAUAGAGACAUCCAGUUUAUCGGAAACGUCGUCAGUAGUCUCUCCUUCGUCCUCCGAAGCUGAAUCUGUGUCCCCAGUGCGUCGUGGGCCCAAGAGGCCGAAGAAAGCUGCGAUGCCGAAGCACGCACCGUUGACAAAGCGUGGACCGGGGCGCCCGAAGAAGAUCGUGGCGCCGGCCAAGAAAGAGUACUGUCCGGAUAACCGAGAAAUUUGUGCAUCCGCGAAAAAUAUUGACGCAGACGAUGAUGAAGAACAGAGCGGAGCCGGCGAAGAUUUGAACCUUUCACCUGCAAUUGCUACGAGUACAAACAACGAGCUGAACAUCAAAAAAACCAAUUAUUACCCGAAAAGUAUGGUAACCCGUUCCCACCAAGAGCAGCGGCAGGUCGGGCUUCAGGGCCACCAGGUCAUCUCGCCGGCGGUAACACAACAGGGCACAACUACUCUGUCGGGGCCCCAGGAGGUGGUGAAAGAGACACUGUUGCCAUUAAGUCCCGAGGUGCGCCACCAAAAUCGCAUGAUAUCUCCACCAGCCGCGGUUGCAACCGGAAGAGACCAGCGACAAGUACCGCUGCCACGGCAAAAUGGUCCUGCGACAACCCAGGCUUGGUUUUUCCCGGCUGUUUCUCGCAAUGCAUCUCACGAGGAACAAGCAGGAGCAAAGAAUGCGCGGCGCGCUGAACAACGUGUUGACAGCCUGGGGAAGAAUCCGCAUCUCAGUGCGGUGCACCCAAACACUGCUCGAAGGAUUCGGCUGGGGGGACCGUCGCAGCCGAUCAGCAGGGGUUCUGCGGACGUGGAAGCCGGUCGGCGGCAACCUGGUUCCUCGCAAGAUCCAGCGAAGAUUCCUCGAGGGAAAGAGACUGCGGUGGUUGACGUGGCAGGGCAAAUGACAAAAGAACAGAAAAAUAUUCACGGCCACAUCCCCACUCCAGCUCGGCAAGAUAAUCCGCACAUGUUGACCAGAGAAGAACGACCUAUCGCUGGUGCUCCUCCUGUUCAGAAGAACAACAACACGAGCUUGACCUCAGGAAAGGUUGCUCAGAUUCGGGCUGAGAUAGAACAGCGUGUAGAACAUCACAGCAAGCGAAGAAAUGUGCAAGAGGAAAGCAGUAGAGUGAAGACAAACGACGGGAACAAAGUAACAAGCGAAGAAGUACAACUGGGGAAAAAAUCGAUCGUGUUUGUUGAGGAGAAAAAGGAGGACCUGGUGUCUCACUCUGUCGGCGCCUCUCGGAAACCACAAGAUACAGUAGAACCAGCGAUAGUACAAGACUACACAGCGACUACUUCAACACACCAAUCUUUACAGAAUGCCAUAGCACCCAGCCAUACACCUGCAAAAGCUGAACUGGCGAUCCAGGUUGAAAGGUUCGAGCACCAGAUGUUGAACCAAUUUAGCAGUAUGACGCCCCGGGGAACGAUCUCGAGCGCAGGGGCCAGUCAGGCGCCUAUAAUCCCCCAUGACGACCGGGAAGAGCGGCGGCGGCGCAGGGACGAGAAGAAACGCCAAGAGGGACUUGUUUGCAAUCAGCCACGGAGCAGCGCCGAGGCGUUGGACCCGGCGCAGCCUGGACAAGACCAGCGGCAGGGGUCACGCCUGGGAAUAACCUCUGCGGGCUCGCUGGAUUUUGAGGUGGCGCCGGUGAAAACGUCCUCUGUCCUCAGUACACCAGGAGGAAGACAAACUGCCUCUGUAUUGCCCGGCGGACCCCCGCUCCUGUCUGGCCCCGGACAGUCGGCUUCGUCUUGGAGGAACGCAAUGUUGAUGCCCGGCCUGCCUGUUCCAGGGCAAAGCUCGUCGUCAUCCACCGCAUUCUCCAGCAGGUCGGGUUUUUCGCACCUACCCUUCGCGUUCGCACCACCAACUUCUGCAUCUCAUGUUCCGCCCACUGCACAGGCAAUUCCGGGGGUCGUAGUGCCAUCAGUACCUCCGCAGUCUGGUCUUUUGUUUUCGGACUUGCCGUCCGGGAUCGCGGUGGCUCACGCGGCGUCGUCCUCUACCUCCAGCGCCGGCGUGGUAGCACUUCUUGGACCGCAACACCAGACGCGUCUGCCAGAAAAGCCCAUGCUAGACGCGAACUCAAAUAAGAGAAGUUUGCAGUUUGGACCCUCCGAGAAGAUGCUGCAGUCGCAUCCCGAAUUGUCUUCAUCUUCGUCCAAAUUGCCGCUAGCGUUGCGGCAAAAAGACACGAAAGUGCAGCCAAACUCGUUGUUUAAUCCGUACCAGAAAGUUCCCCUACCUCUCGGUGAGGACGAUUCCGAAUCUUCGGAAGAGUCAGCACAAGUACCUGAAACAAAGCGCAGAAAAGACAGCGCGGGCCACGCUGCGGAGAAACGCGCGCACGACAAGCGUCCCGCAGUUUCUCUCGUGCCCCCGGCCGCAGCUCCGUUGCCUCUACCCGAGGAGCAGAGAGGUCGUCAGCGUCCUCAAGCGAGAAGUACUGCUAGAAAUUGUUCUGCACCUCGCGGCUCCUCUUCGACGGGCGCUCAAGGGCGGGGACCCCUGAACAAAGUUUACGUCACCCGGUCUGUUGCACGCGAGAUGGAAGAGUCUCUGGCUCGGGAACGGGGGCAAGAGCAGCAAGGGCACGUCGAAAGAGAAGAGCCAAGAAAGAUGGAGGUACCUCCGAAAGGAAAAGCGGGAAACGCUCGGUCGAGAUCUCGUGCACGAGAGCAGCAGCAGAUCAUGCAGGAGAGGGACGAACACGAACAGAAGGUCGUUGGAAAGAAGGUGUACAACACUCGAGCGCGGGCAGCUUCGCAGGCACGGGCUACUGACAUCCGGGAAGAUUUUCAGGAUGACGACGACGGAGGCAGAUUGCCGCCUGGGGCUAGCCUCAUGCCGGGAGGUACGAAAGUAGUUGCGUUGUGGUCGGCUUUCAUCUGGGCACGUGACUGUCGCAAAAUGUUUUUGUUUACAUACUUGCUCGUCUCUGUCUUUGCCGUAUCAUCUUCCUGUCUCAUUCAUCUUCAUAUUCCCACGUCGUUUAUCUUUAUCCCUGUAAGGUAACAUUCGGUACCGCGGCGUGGUGAUCCCGGCUUUUGAGAAUUGGAGUCCGCGGUCAGAAACCCCAUAUGACGAGGACGGCAACUUGCUGUUGGAUCGGGUUCACGAACUCUACGCAGACAAGCUUCUGCCAAUUGAGGACGCGGUUGACCACCAGUUCGCCCUCCCAGAACAACAUCGCGAGGACCGGGACAAACCGAAAACGCAACGCGUGGAAAACCGCACCGACAACGAGACCAAGCUCCAGCUAUUACAGCAGGGUAGUCGAAGAGGUGGACAAGAACCUCCCUCAGGCUCUGCCAACCAGCAAGCGAUGAGCCACGUAGGCGCAAGCAGUUCAUCCUGGGCGCCCGCGACAAGCAGCAGGGGCGAGCAUGUUGUCGGAGGUCCGACGGUAAUAUUUCGACCUCCGGGGCGGGCGGGUUCCGGGGCUACGGUGGACACCGACGUCGUGAUGCAAGACGCGGAGGACGCUGUCAUGGAGGAUGUAGUGGAAAAUAAUCCUCUUCCAAAACGACCCGAAAAUCAAAAUCCUGCGAACCAUAACAUGGCGGCACCCUCGUCGCCAAACGCGUCCUCCACAAGUGAAGAAGAGGAUUCUGACCCGGAAUGGGUCCCACCAAAGGAGGAGGAACCUGUAGUCCACCCAGUCGUGCCGAUGAAACGGGGUCCCGGUCGUCCGAAGGGCUCGAAAAACGUGAAAACCGCCAUGAAAGUUGCACCCGUCCGGGGCGGGCGGGGACAAUCUCGACCCCGCAACGGUGGAGGCGGAAACAGCGGUGCUGGUGCAGCAGGAGGUGGUACUGUCGUCGCGGCCACAGCAUCUGCUAGUUGCUCUGGUGCAGUAGUCCAAGGACGAGGACCCCUACGAGCAGCUGCACCCAGUGGUCAGCAGCAAGUAGAGCGGGGGGAGACGGAGACCACUAGACCAGCACCCGCGGCCGCUUCGCGUCCGCAGCAGCAGC